AAUUUGCAUAUUUUAUAUGGCCUAAUGGUGGCGAUCAUGGCAAGUUAGAACUAUUCCGACUCCUCGGAGGAGACUCCGAGACCCUGGAGAGUAACAAGUGGCAGGAGACUGAAGGGUGGGGGGGCUUCUGGAUUUGGGGUUGGCUGGUGAAACUCCCCCACCACCCUCCUCUCGCGCACCCACCCACCCCUUCACCCCCUUCUAUUCUCGUCCUUGGAAAAUGGUGUCCAGGCUCUCGCCGCUCCAGCAAGAACUCCUGAGCGCCCUGCUGAGCUCCGGUGUCACCAAGGAGGUGCUGGUUCAGGCCUUGGAGGAGUUGCUGCCAUCCCCGAGUUUCGGGGUGAAACUGGAGUCAUUGCCCCUGUCCCCCGGGAGUGGGACGGAGCCCGACACCAAGCCGGUCUUCCAUACGCUCACCAAUGGCCACGCCAAGGGUCGCCUGUCCGGGGACGAGGGCUCGGAGGACGGGGACGACUACGACACCCCUCCCAUCCUCAAGGAGCUGCAGGCGCUCAACACUGAGGAGGCUGCGGAGCAGCGGGCCGAAGUGGAGCGGAUGCUCAGCGACGACCCUUGGAGGGCUGCCAAAAUGAUCAAGAGCUACAUGCAGCAACACAACAUUCCCCAGAGGGAGGUGGUCGAUGUCACCGGCCUCAACCAGUCCCACCUCUCCCAGCAUCUCAACAAGGGCACGCCCAUGAAGACCCAGAAGCGAGCUGCGCUGUACACCUGGUACGUCCGCAAGCAGCGGGAGAUCGCCCGACAAUUCAACCAAACAGUCCAGAGUACUGGAAAUAUGACAGACAAAAGCAGUCAGGAUCAGCUGCUGUUUCUCUUUCCAGAGUUCAAUCAACAGAGCCAGGUGCCUGGGCAGUCCGAUGAUGCCUGCUCUGAGCCUGCCAACAAGAAGAUGCGCCGCAACCGGUUCAAAUGGGGGCCCGCAUCCCAGCAAAUCUUGUACCAGGCCUACGACCGUCAAAAGAACCCCAGCAAGGAAGAGAGAGAGGCCUUAGUGGAAGAAUGCAACAGGGCAGAAUGUUUGCAGCGAGGCGUUUCCCCAUCCAAAGCUCACGGUCUGGGCUCCAACCUGGUCACUGAGGUCCGUGUCUACAACUGGUUUGCAAACCGCAGGAAAGAAGAGGCAUUCCGGCAGAAGCUGGCCAUGGAUGCCUACAGCUCCAACCAGACACACAGCCUGAACCCCAUGCUUUCCCACGGCUCCCCACACCCGUCCAGCACCUCUCCUCCAAACAAGCUGUCAGGGUUACGCUACAGCCAGCAGGGAAAUAAUGAAGUCACUUCCUCCUCAACCAUCAGCCACCAUGGCAACAGUGCCAUGGUGACCAGCCAGUCAGUUUUACAGCAAGUUUCCCCAGCCAGCCUGGACCCCAGCCACAAUCUCCUCUCACCUGAUGGUAAAAUGAUCUCAGUCUCGGGAGGAGGUUUGCCCCCUGUCAGCACCUUGACAAAUAUCCACAGCUUGUCCCACCACAACCCUCAGCAAUCUCAAAACCUCAUCAUGACCCCCCUGUCUGGAGUCAUGGCCAUCGCACAAAGCCUCAACACCUCUCAAGCACAGAGCGUCCCUGUCAUCAACAGUGUCGCCAGCAGCCUGGCAGCCCUGCAGCCCGUCCAGUUCUCCCAGCAGCUGCACAGCCCUCACCAGCAGCCCCUCAUGCAACAAAGCCCAGGCAGCCACAUGGCUCAGCAGCCCUUCAUGGCCGCCGUGACACAGCUGCAGAACUCACACAUGUAUGCACACAAGCAAGAACCCCCUCAGUAUUCACACACUUCAAGGUUUCCAUCUGCGAUGGUGGUGACAGAUACCAGCAGCAUCAGUACACUCACCAACAUGUCAUCCAGUAAACAGUGUCCUCUCCAAGCCUGGUGAUGACCACACACCAUUCACUUUGUGUGUAGCAACAAGGAUCCUAUUUUCCACACCAUCACCUUCUGGGCUAUUGUCAUGGGAAAGCCCAGUGACCUGAGGAGCACGUGUGAGAAGUCCCAGCUUACCUACCAUCCUGCUGGCUUCUUGGAAAAUCCGCUCUUGGGAGGCCCAGCCUGAAGCCCAGCUUCCCUUCUGUGCAGUAUUGUCAUGAUGCCUCUCCCCACGUCCUGUCUGUCCUAGACGUGGGAGACGAGAAACAAGUAGAAGAGGAAGAGAGAAAGCUGCGUCUACAUUAUGCUCCGUCAUCGAACAAACUCAUGAGAAAACUUGAAUCUGUUACGAAAACAAGGAAAGGAGGAUGCAUGCUAUUGAACUGAGCCAAAUACACUGUAAAUAUCAGCAAACUCCAUCCCUUGCCUUCAUACCCAAAUCAUCUUGAGAUUUCUUUUAAAGAAGUAAAUUUGUCCAAUGGGUGUAAAUUAUAAACUAAUUAAGUGCAAUUUCCCCUGUACUUCCUCUCCCUUAUCUUUGGUGUAUAUAUAUUACUAAAGUGUUUAUUAGUUUUCUUUGUAAAGGUCAGAGUUGAACUUUUAAACUUUUAAAAGUGAUUUGUUCCUUUCCUCUCCCUCCAUGAAGAAAUACCCUAAGUUGGAAGUGAAGUCCUUUGCCCCCGCCUCAGGCCUAGACUCACAUCAUGACUGUACAUUUUGGUCUGACUGCCAGCUAACUCCAGUUGCCUGAUGCGAAGACACACCUCCAGAUCCCUGGAGGGGCGGCCGAACAUAGGAUCAGAGUACCAACCUAGCUCCUUGUGAGGUUAGGGGUUCAGCCAGGGCACCCCUAAAAAACUCCAGGGUGGGAGAACUUGCUUUUGGCAACAAGAGAAAAAGAUGCCCUUUCUGAAAGCUUCUAUUAAAACAUUUUAUUUUAUCAC